AUGUGCGGCCUGCCGCGGCGUCUGCAGAGCACCCAAGCGGAGCAGACUGCGGAAACGGAGCCGGAGGACAUCGCUUUGGUGGAGCAGCGGCUACUGAAGCACCCGGACUACUUCCAGGUGCACAACCUGUUCACCGUGCGCGACCUCUUCAAUGCCCGCGUGCACUAUGGCCACAAGGAGGGCUCCCUGGACGACCGGAUGCGUCCGUAUCUCUUCGGCAGUCGCCUGGGCCACCUGAUCUUCGAUCUGGACAAAACCGCUUCGCAUCUGCGCGAUGCCCUCAAUUUCGCGGCCCACAUUGCCUUCCGCGACGGCAUUAUUCUGUUCUUCAAUCGCAACGCCAUGAACUCGCAUCUCGUGGAGCAGAAGGCCCAGGAGGCCGGCGAAUUCUCGCACACUCGCUUCUGGCGCGGCGGCAUCUUCACGAAUGCCAAUGUUCAGUUCGAUGCCGUCACCCGGCUGCCCGAUCUCUGCAUCUUCCUGAACACCCAGAACAAUGUGAUGGCCCAGCACACGGCUGUCCGAGAUGCCGCCAAAAUGGCCAUUCCUACAAUUGGCAUUGUGGACAGCAAUUGCAAUCCCAAUUUGAUCACCUACCCGGUGCCGGGAAACGAUGAUUCGCCGGCGGCGGUGGAGCUGUACUGCAACCUCUUCAAGGAGGCCAUUCUGCGCGGCAAGCGGGAGCGACGCCAAAUCCUUGGCCUGCCCCCCCUGGACGAAACCCAGCCGCGUCGCAGCCGGAAACCCAGAAAGUAGCCAUUAGUGUCAAGUUGAUUUUGUUACAUUUAUCUGAAUACAAAUACCGAUGUCCGUCGAACCGGGAUGUAGAAGAAA